AAUUAAGGAAAGUCAAGUCAAUUUAGAGAAAUACUGUCUCCAAACCUUCCUCUCUUCCACUGUAAAAUCCUCAUAAGUCCAUUUAUAUCCAACAAGGUGGUAUCAAAGCAUAUCCAAAUGGCAAGUGGGAAUCUGAUUUCAUUAUAGGUUCCAAAAUUCUCAAAAGAAAAGUUUGACAAUUGGUGCAUUCGAAUGAAGGCAAUACUCAGUGCACAUGAUUUGUGGGAAAUUGUUGAGAGUGGAUAUGCAGCUUCUCAAGACAUAACAUUGGAUGAGGUUAACUUCGAGAAGGUUUCUAAUGCCACCACAGCAAAGCAGUUGUGGGAGAAGCUUCAAGCUGCCUAUAAAGGAAAAGAGCAGGCAAAGAAAGUUCGCCUCCAAAGUUUAAGAGGUGAAUUUGAAGCUGUCCAAAUGAAGGAGACAGAAAAGGUGUCAGAUCAUAUUUCAAGGGUCAUGGGGAUUGCCAACCAGGUGAGAAGGCUUGAUGAAAAGGUGACUGAUUUAAAGAUUAUUGAAAAAAUUCUUAGAUUAGUUACAGAGAAAUUUGAUUAUGUGGUAACGGCCAUUGAAGAAUCAAAAGACUUGGAAGACAUGAUUGUUAAGGAGUUAAGUGAUUCACUUGAAGCACAUGAGGAAAAGCUCAACAGAAGAAAGAAAGAAUCCUUGGAGCAGGUUCUACAGUCAACACUUUCUCUGAAUGAUAAAGAACAAAAAGGAGGCGCAAGUCAAGGAGGACAAGGUCGCGGCCGUGGAUGCGGUCGUGGUCAAGGACUUGGAAGAGGAGGAAGAAGUGCUGAGAAUAUUAACCAAAAUGAAGAUAAAAAAGUUAAUGAAGAGGUGGAGACAACUCUCUGGUUGGCCUACACAAAAAUGAAGAAUGAAGAAAAGCACUCUUGGUACCUUGAUACUGAAGCAAACAACCGCAUGUGUGGAAACAAAGAAGUAUUGGUGAAGCUUGAUGAGAAAGUUAGCGGCACAAGCACCUUUGGAGACUCCUCCAAAAUACCAGUGAGGGAUUCUUCAUGGCUAUGGCAUUUGAGAUUUGGGCAUAUGAACUUUGGAGGACUUAAAGCUAUGGCUAGCAGAAGAAUGGUGAAAGGUUUACCUUCAAUGAAUCAACCUGAUCAACUCUGUGAAGGUUGUCUUCUUGGAUCGCCACAACAGAACGAAGUGGUGGAAAGAAAAAGCAGAACUAUUCUAAAUAUGGCAAGAGGCAUGAUGAAGACCAAGAAGAUGCUGAGAGAGUUCUGGGCUGAAGCUGUUAAGUGUGCAGUCUACUUGCUUAACUGUUGCACAACAAAAGCAAUUGAUAAUAAAACUUUAAUUGAAUUAUGGAGUGGAAGAAAGCCCUCAGUCCAUCACUUGAAGGUCUUUGGAAGCAUUGCAUUUGCCCAUAUUCAUGAUGAAAAACGCACCAAGCUUGAUGACAAGUGCAAGAAAUAUGUGUUUGUUGGUUAUGAUUCUAGAACAAAAGGGUACAGGCUUUACGAUCCAAAUGGCAACAAAGCAAUGAUCAAUGAAGAUGAUGAAGAUGAAAGGCAAAAAAUCAUUACUCCCCCAGCAUCACCAACUUGUGGUGAAAACGCAUCUCUAGAAGGAAGCUCAAGGGAAGGGCCUUUGCAAACAAGGAGGCGUAGUGAUAUAUAUCGAGAAACUGAAGAAAUUGAAGGAACUAAUGCUGUUACACUAUUAUGUCUCUUUGCAGAUAGUAAGCCUAUUCACUUCAAUAAGGCUACCAAAGACACAAAGUGGAGAAGAGCUAUGGACGAGGAGAUGAAUGAAAUAAAAAAGAAUGAUACUUGGGAGCUAGUCAAUCUUCCUCAAGGACAUGCUACUAUCAAAGUUAAAACGGGUGUUCAAAGAGAAGAAGAAUUCCAAAGGAGAAGUGGAAACAUAUAAAGCUCCUUCCUUAGUCCAAUCCUUGCUUGAUGGAAUGUCAAUGAUGUUUUCAUGCCUAAAUACUGUGGUUUUAGAUGAGUGUGAGUUGGGGGGGGGGGAUUUUGUAUCCAGUGUAUAAGGCCUUGAAUUCUUCAUUAGUUAAGUCCGAAAAUUUAUUGAGAUUAAGCUUGCAGGUACGGUUUCCUUCACUGUUGAAUUUCUCAAUAAACUCCAAGUUGUCCU